AUGACGGCCGUUUCUCUCACUUCCAGGAAUCUCUUCUUCCUGGAAGGCAAGCUGCAAGGGCUGGAUCCUGUUUAUGCACCACAGAAUAGUUCCCCAUGCCCACUCCAGCCGUUCAUUACUUUAGUCACAGGGGAAAUAAGCUUGUUUCUUGAGACAAAUCCUUACAACAAAGCAGCCAAAGUUACCUGUGCUCCCUGCUUCUUUUUAUUUCCUAAAGGUAGUGGGGAUUCUUCUUUGGAAAAGGAGUUCACCUCCACAAUCGUGGGGCCCACAGUGAGCACACCAAACAGCCAGCACUCCUCCCCAAUCCGCUCCCUUAGCGCAAAUUCUAUCAAGGUGGAAAUGUACAGUGAUGAAGAAGCAAGCAGGCUGCUGUCGCAGGACGACCGGCUCAUUGAAAAAGAUGACAGCGUGAUUGUGGAGGAUUCUCUUUCUGAGCCUCUUGGCUACUGUGAUGGGUCGGGGCAGGAACCACACUCUCCUGGUGGCAUCCGGCUACCCAACGGCAAGCUAAAGUGUGACAUCUGUGGGAUGGUGUGCAUUGGCCCAAAUGUGCUGAUGGUGCACAAACGCAGCCACACUGGUGAGAGGCCAUUCCAUUGCAAUCAGUGUGGUGCCUCCUUCACACAAAAGGGUAACCUCCUGCGCCACAUCAAGCUGCAUUCGGGUGAGAAGCCCUUCAAAUGUCCAUUUUGCAACUAUGCCUGCCGGAGAAGAGAUGCACUCACUGGUCACCUCCGCACACACUCGGUCUCCUCCCCCACGGUCGGCAAGCCCUACAAAUGUAACUAUUGCGGCCGCAGCUACAAGCAGCAAAGCACGUUGGAAGAGCACAAAGAACGCUGUCACAACUACCUGCAGAGUCUUAACACUGAACCACAGUCGCUGGCUGGCCAGCAAGGUGACGAGAUGCGAGACUUGGAGAUGGUGCCAGACUCCAUGCUUCACUCCUCAGCCGACCGGCCUGCCUUCAUUGACCGACUGGCAAAUAGCAUCACCAAACGAAAACGCUCCACACCUCAGAAAUUCGUGGGAGAGAAGCAGAUGCGGUUUGGCCUCUCCGAAGUGGCGUUUGACGUCAACUCCAGCUUUGAAAAGGACGUGGAGAUGGUGGCUGCCCACCACCCCAUGGACCCCAGCUUUGGAGGCUCGCUGUCAUUUGUGGGGGCAGAACACUUGCGCCCCCUCAGACUCCCACCCACAAACUGCAUCUCUGAGAUCACGCCUGUUAUCAGUUCUGUCUACACUCAAAUCCAACCCCUGCCAGGCCGGCUGGAAAUAGCAGGAAGCCGAGAAACUGCCGAAGGCCAUGAGGACCUCCCCGAUGGGACGCAGAUCGUGUACCGGGCAUCGCGGGAGCCAAGCAUGGUAUCGCCUAGCAAUGGCUGCCAGGAUUCCACAGACACUGAGAGCAUCCACGAGGAGAGGAGCUCACAGCAGCCGCUGCUGCCGGGCAUUGGGAACUGCACCAGCAGCCGGCAGAGUCCGGCCUACGCCAAAGAGGACCUGAAACUACAGGAGGGCAUCAUCCCCACCACUACUCGGUCGACUCCCAGCUCAGCCAAAGAAGCCCUGCGUGUGGUGAAUGAUGAAGGGGAACAGGUAAAAGCCUUCAAAUGCGAGCACUGCCGGAUCUUAUUCCUGGACCACGUCAUGUUCACCAUCCACAUGGGCUGUCAUGGCUUCAGAGACCCUUUUGAAUGCAACAUCUGUGGCUAUCACAGCCAAGACCGGUACGAGUUCUCCUCCCACAUAGUGCGAGGGGAGCAUAAAGUAGGCUAACCCCAAAUUCUCUUCCCUUUUGUCUCCCCCCCUUCCCUAGAAAUCUCCU